AUGUCUGCGGUGGUCGAAUCCGGUCUUGCUGCAUCCAUGCAUGCGCCACGAGGAGCAUCUGGCUCUGGUGGGAAGCGUCCCAGAAAGGGAAACGGAGGUAGGCGUCCACCUGGUCGGGGCCCGAGCAAGGGGAUGAAGAAGAAGGAGAAGACGGAGGAGAAGUGCCCGGCUUGUGGAGAAGAGGGACACAACCUGGAGGAGUGCCGUCUUUACGGCGUUGUCUUCAGAGGUAUUGCUCUCGCAGCGACAAGGGCCAUUGCUACUCAAAGUAGACGCCCUCCGGUCAGCCGUCGCCACACCGUGGGCAUGCCGCAGCAGCACCCUCGUAUGAACUCGAGGCAACGCCGCACGGCGCGUCGGCUGGCAGAGCGGCAGCGGCAGCGGCAGCAGCAAGGGCAGCAGGCGCAGGAGCAGCUGGGACGCCAGGAGCAGGCCCCUCGGGAGCAGCUCCCCCAGCAGCAGUCUCCCCAAGAGCAGCGCCCCCAGCACUCAGCAGAGUUGCCAAUGCGGCCGGCUCUUCAGGAACCUCCCGAGGGAGCGUCAUGGGCUGAUCAAAUCGACUAUGAGGCUGAAAAGAAUGCUCAGUGA